CUGAAAGGUUUAACUCGUGUGCGUUGUGCCGGUAUAAAAAUGAAGUUCGUCCUUUUGAUUGCACUUAUCUUGGCCCUGGGCAGCUGUUAUGGCGCCGAAUUCGCAGAACCUAUGUCCGCUCAGGACCGGUCUCUGUCCAGUGUGGCCUUGGAAGCCGUGGAGUCCCUAAAGAUAGUUCUGCGCAAUGGAGCCCCGAAUCACGGAAUUCCCGUAUUGGCUCCUGCGAAGCUCGCACAUAAAUCCUUCAAGUUCAGCACAGGAGAGCUCAGUUUAGAUGGUGAGAUCGAGGACUUUGUACUGGAGGGUCUGGAUGAGUACGAAGUACUCAUCAUGAACGUGGACGUGUUUAGAAACCGCGUUAAGACGACGAUUAAAUGGGAUAAUGUCAACAUCACCACCCUGUACAAGGCAGAUGUGGGCAGUGGCUAUCGCAUGCAGCGCGAAGGUGGCGCCUUCUUUGCCCUUAAGGACCUGGUCAUUGAGGGCACGAUCAACUACUCGCUCGGUUUGCUGUCCAAGAAACUGGCCGUAAAGGACAUCCUGUUCUACCCCACGGUGGGCAGUGUCGACUCGCAGAUCGAGAACCUGUCCAAGUACCGCAUCCUGAACCGCAAGAUGAACGAGAUCAUCGAGGAGUUCGUCUCCCUGACAAUCAACGACAACACAGACUUUGUCGCUGAAUGGGUCAACGAGUUCGUCACUCCCAUAUGCAACGAUAUGAUCGGAGACCGCUCCCUGAGUGAUAUCAUUGCCAUUAUCACGGGAGGAGGAAACUAAAUACCAAAUAUCCACAAUAAAGCCCAAAAGUAUUCGACUUGAG